AUGAUCAUGAUGAAGAAUUAUCAACCAUGUAUUAUAUUCAGCUUCCGAAAGCGAGAGUGUGAAGGAAACGCGCUUGUAAUGGGUAAACACGAUUUUAAUAGCCAAGACGAAAAGGAAGCCAUCCGAACCAUCUUCCAAAGUGCCGUUCAGGGUCUUUCAGAAACAGACCGUACUCUGCCCGCAAUAGAACAUAUAGAACCAUUAUUAUUACGAGGCAUAGGGAUACAUCAUUCAGGUCUCUUGCCCAUCUUGAAGGAAGUGAUUGAGAUCCUCUUUCAAGAAGGGUUGAUAAAAGUCUUGUUUGCCACGGAAACCUUCUCGAUUGGUUUGAAUAUGCCAGCCAAAACCGUAGUCUUUACCGAAACACGUAAAUGGGAUGGGAUGGAAAGACGACAUAUAUCAGGUGGUGAAUACAUACAAAUGUCUGGUCGAGCUGGUCGUCGUGGUAUCGAUGAUCGUGGUAUUGUCAUUCUGAUGCUAGAUGAGAAGAUGCCACCUGAUGUUGCAAAGAACAUGCUGAAGGGACAAUCCGAUCGUCUGAACUCGGCCUUUUAUCUUGGCUAUUCCAUGAUUCUCAAUUUGACUAGGGUGGAAGGUGUUGCUCCUGAAUUCUUAUUGGAACGCAGUUUUUUGCAAUUCCAAAGUCAAGCGUCGUUACCUGAGCUGGAAAAGGAUUUAGGUAUAAUGGAACAACGUCGUGAUAAUCUCGUCAUCCCGGAUGAAGCUGAAGUAGCUAGGUAUCAUGAUAUCACUACCCAGCUAAAGGAAUUGAAAAAGGAUGAACGAGCCGUCAUUGACCAUCAAACUUAUAUAAUGCCCUUUGUCCACUCCGGCCGUCUCGUACGAAUACGAUUAGCAUCCACACCUUCACCCACGACGCUAGCUACCAAGACGGAAACUGGCGACGAAGCUGUUGCCGAGAAGGAAGAAGUAGAUUUCGGUUGGGGUAUUGUCAUCAAUUACUCUAAACGAGUACCAGCUAUCCGAGGUGGUGAUUUGUCUGCCAUGACAGACGGUCCCACUUUUAUAGUAGAUGUGCUCUUGGAAUGUGCAACUGGUACCGAAUCAUAUAAUCGUAAACCAAAACCACCGCAAAAAGGAGAAAAGGGUGAAUUCGUCGUUAUACCGUGCUUGUUAUCAUGUAUAGAUGGCAUCUCCCAAAUCAAGUUAACCACUUUGGGUGAUGUCAAGAGUGACGAAGGACGAGCAGCUUUAGGAGCUACCAUCCGUAAAGUCGAAAGCAAGUAUCGUAAUUCGACAAUUCCCAUACUCCAUCCUGUUGAUGACAUGGGCAUCAAGGAUGAGAGCUUUAUCAAACUUGAGCGUGAUAUCGACACACUACAGAAAUCACUGGCUGCUCACCCACUUGCCUCAGACGCUCAACUAGCUGAAUCUCUAGAAUCGUAUGCUACAAAACUCAAAGUCAUGCAAAAGAUAAAAGCCAUAAAGAGAUCCAUCAAUGAUGCACAGUCGAUUAUACAACUGGAUGAACUCAAACGUCGUAGACGAGUGCUGAGACGUUUAGGAUAUCUGACUUCUGCUGAUGUGGUUGAAAUGAAGGGACGAGUAGCUUGUGAUAUUACGACAGGAGAUGAAUUGGUAUUGACUGAACUCAUGUUUAAUAAUGUCUUUAUGGAUUUGGAGGUAGCUCAAAUUGUGUCGCUGCUCAGUUGUAUGGUGAAUGAUGCAGAGCCCGACGACGAAGGUCAAGGCGGCACCCUCCCCGAACUCCAACCCCCACUACGAGUCCUAAAGGACGCAGCCCGUCGCAUCGCUCGAGUCUCUAACGAAUGCAAAAUCCCACUCGACGAAGAAACUUACAUAAAGUCCUUCUCACCAUCACUCAUGGCCGCCGUAUACGCAUGGUCGAAAGGAGCGUCAUUCAAGGAUAUCAUGAAGGCGACUGAUAACUGGGAGGGUAAUGUCAUCCGAGUUAUUCGACGACUGAAUGAGUUGAUUGAACAGUUGGCUGAUGCGGCGAAGGAGAUGGGAAAUGAGGCACUUGGUGCCAAGUUUAAAGAAGGUGGGUCCAUCCUCCUACUAUGA